CUUAGCACCAGGACUUAGGCAACAGGCGCUCCCUGCUCCCCUGGUCCAGCCAAGCACUCUGCCGCUGCUAUGGUUUCCACACCGGCCGCCUGGUGCUCCGUCGCUCUGGCCCUGCUUUUAGCCCUGCAUGAAGGCAAGGGCCAGGCAGCUGCCACUCUGGAGCAGCCAGCCCUGGCACCCAAAGGCCGCGGCCCCCACCUGCGUUUUCGCCGUUGCUCCUGCAACUCCUGGCUUGACAAGGAGUGUGUGUACUUCUGCCACCUGGACAUCAUCUGGGUGAAUACUGCAGGACAGACAGCUCCCUACGGCCUGGGAAACCCGCCAAGGCGCCGGCGCCGCUCCCUGCCAAGGCGCUGUGAGUGCUCUACUGCCGGGGACUCUGCCUGUGCCACCUUCUGCCAUCAAAGACCCUGGUCUGAAACUGUGGUCACCCCAAGCAGCCAGGCUCCCAGAGCUGUGUUAAAGCCUGGCAGGAAGUGGGCCGCUGAGGGAGUCCUCCUCCAAAAGCUAAGGGACAUUUCUGCCUCCAAGCUCCGCUUUGCCAGGCUACAGCCAGAGGUAACAAGAGAGUCGGGUCCUGCACACUCUCGACGGAGGAAAAGAUAACCCUUUUCAGCAGCAGGACCACUGAGAAGGAAGCCCAUGUGGAGACAGGAGGCAACGGGCAGCUGGGGAGACCCCGUGCCUGUGUUCUGGGCCAAGACCUCAGCCCCAGCUAGCCAGACCCAUCCGAUGGGUUCAGCACAAGCUCCGGUCUCUCUUACAGCACUUACAGCUGCUCUGCGCCCUGACGCCGCCAGGCCACCCUGAGCUCCUGAGCAGCAGUGCAGCCCCCCCCUCUGUGCUGGCUGCUGGCUACAGAUCUGCUUGAAGGAGCUCCGUGAAGCCAAAUGAACAUGCUGACUGUGUCCUGAGGAGUGUCCUGUGUGCUGGACUGCAAUCUAGGAGCAGUCCCACGUUAGGAGGAGACUGGAUGGGGCAUACUGAUGACCGACAUCCCAGCGGGCCCCCAUGAUUCUCUCUGGUUCCCCCUCCCUUGGGGGAGGGGGCGGGGCCUGCUCUCCUUCGCUCAUCUGUAUAUAAGUUAUUUGCUCUAUGAACUUUGAACUGCUUAUUAUUUAUUUUAAUGUAUUUUUGAGCAUCAAUUGUUUACUUAUGAACUCAUGUUUAUA